GCGGUUUGUGAAGACACGCCCCUCGCACUAGAUUUCCCUCUUUCUCGGUUAUUUCUCUCCAGAAAAUAUAAUCAGUUGGAAUUGAAUAUCGUAAAAGUAACGGAUUCCGUUCCGAUUAAAGAACAGCCGCAGCAACACUGUCGUCCCUGACACCCGGAUCUCGGUUUUGUGUACAGUUAUCUGUCAAGUCUUGGCACAAAUGUCAAAAUCCCAAUCGUUUACGUUCGACUCUUAACGGCGUUGUUUUUCCCACAAUACGGUCAAAAAUGCCCGGCCGGCCUUCCUGAACUUCGUUCGAGGCUGUUCCAGUGGAUCCUCCAGGCUGAAGACGAUCUGUCGCUUCAAAUUCGAACGUAAUGAAUUAGGUUGUCACGGUGGACGAGUGUUGCCAGCUUGAAGGCGAAGAAGAGAGGGGUGGAGUCGAGAGAAAUGGCAGAAGCCCCCCUCGAAAUGAAGAAAUCCCUGUUCAAGCGACAAGUGAUACAUCCCAGGAGACCGCCGCAACUGCUGAAAAUGAGGAAGACCUCAGCGAGCUUGCAUCUGGCGUCACACCAGUACAUCAUGAUGCCAGGAUAGAAAUGUUAUAUGUAAACCAAAAUAUUCUUCCUAACCAGCCAAGGCCUGUUGGAGCUGGCUGGUCCUGGCUCCAUGCAGAGGUCCAUUCUGUACAGAGGGAACCGCCAUCGGUUUGGGCCCAACUGUCCUGGUCUGUUGAAGCUCCAUCACAACAGGACUGGAUUGGUCUUUACUUUCUGCAUGAGCGGGACCCCAUGCAACCAGUGGUUAGGUACAGCAAGGACCUUGGAUGUGGAACUGGGACUGCCAUGUGGCUUUUAGACAUUCCUGCUGGUCCAAUUAGUCCUCAAGAUAAGAAGAAAAUGAUGUGCUUUAGAUAUUAUAGUGGCUUGUCAUUUUCCUGUUUGGCACAGUCGGAACCUAUGGAAAUUGAAUCAGUUUGUGCCUCUAGGGAAGAUAACCAUACAAAGUGCAAAGAAGGAAUGGGAGGAGUGAAGAAAAGGGACCUGCCCAGGCCGGGAGACUUAAUGCGUUUGAGGGCAAAGCAUUCGAAUUGUAGCUCAGAGAGUGAAUCGGAGCCAGAAAGUUCCUCCAAAUACAGAAAAAAGGGCUGGAGAUUGCUCAAGAAAAAGUCAUCCCUGCCAAACGGUUUUGUUCACCAGGAGGUAGAAGAUUCAGACACGGAUUCCUCUCGGACGAGCUCCAAGGAUUUACCCACCUGGAACUCUCAUGAGGCACAAAGGUCUGUCGACGUACCUGAAACAAAUUCAGAGUACUUUCCAAUUUGGAGUAACAAGUCUCCUCCAAGUCAGCCUUCCGUAUAUGAGACUGUAUAUCCACCUGGAGAUGAUGAUGAACCACCACCUCUUCCACCUAGAGCAUUUCCUCCUAGACAUAGACCAUUAGAAAGGACAAGAGCAAUUUGUGGAGCCUUGCGAAUUCCUCCUCCUGAAGUACAAAGAAGGAACAAACCUUGUGAAGGGCCCAUUCUACCUCCAAGACCUGUGAAAAAAAUUACACACCCUGAAGAUAGUUUUGGAUUUGAAAUUGUGGAUACUGAUGAGUUAUCAAAUGCAUCCAGUUUGCAAGGUGACGAUGUAUCAGUAGUGGUGUCAAAGACUAUAGAAGGAGACUCGACUGCUCCAUUAGCUACCCCCGAACAUGAUUCAAGUGAAGCCACAAAUCGUCAUAAAUCCCCAGCAAUCACUGACAGAAGGCAUCAACAAACAGACUCUUCAACAACGCCUGCCGAGGCCAUGGUCACAUCUUCAGAUGGUGCGAUGGCGAUGACUACCCAUUCAUCAAGCUCUGACUCUUUAGUCUCGGCCUCUGAUGAACCGCCUCCUUUAAGAAUGCACCGACCAUUAUCGAGACAGGUCAGCCAUCCACCAGUGGCCAUUCGUAGUAACCAUGGUGUAUUGUCACCACAAUGUCCACCGACUCCAACACAUCACGCUCGACCAAACCGUCACCAUCACCAUACACCACCUUCACCACAGCCUCCUCCACCAGAAGAACAAGAGCCACCAGAACAGCCUCAGGACUCUUUUUUGGCAUCUACUGCUUCUGUUGCAAGGCAUGUAACUUCAACAAGACUCCCAUCAAUUCCGGAAAGAACUGUCAAACACCAAAGAGUAGAGACAAGCGAUGAAGACCCACUGCCUCCUUAUUGGGAAGCAAGAAUUGAUAGUCAUGGUAGAAUAUUUUAUAUCGAUCAUGUGAAUAGAAUGACAACUUGGCAAAGGCCAAAUCAUGGUACUUUAACGAGGGCCAGAGCUUCUACGAAUGAACUGCAAAGACAACAGUUAGAUAGGAGGUAUCAGUCAAUAAGGAGGACUAUAACAUCAAGGCAAGCGGAAGAUCUAGCAGAAAGGAACGCUGAGAUCCCAGCAUUAAACACUCCUCCCGAUUUAUACUCCCCGGCCCUCAGGUUCCUUUGUAGGCCUGAUUUUUUUAGCCUUUUGCACACAAAUCAGGAAGGACUUUCCCUAUAUAACAGAAACGGUUCUCUCAAGCACAUGAUAUCCAAAAUAAGGCGUGAUGUCGGGGCUUUCGAGAGGUACCAGCACAACAGAGAUCUAGUCGCCUUCAUCAACUGCUUUGCCGAUCCAGUUAAAGAACUUCCAAGAGGAUGGGAAACAAAAUUCGACAGAAACGGGAAGCAAUUCUUCAUUGACCACACUUGGAAAAGGACGACAUUUAUGGACCCUCGGGUCCCGUGUGAUCUACCUUUCUUGAAUCCACACAAGAUCAACCCCUGGCAGCUUCGGAGGCGGUCAAGAUCUGCUGGAGAGCAGGAUCUAGCUUUCGCUAAUGCUCCGUUACCUCCUCCUCGUCCUGGUCCUUCAGGAUUGUCGUCUAGGGUCCUUGAAGUCCCUACGGCUUACAAUGACAAAGUAGUCGCCUUCUUGAGACAGCCGAACAUUAUGGACAUCCUGAAAGAAAGACAUCCACAGGUUGCAAGUUGCCAGUCGCUGAGAGAUAAAGUGAACUGUGUACGGGUCGAAGGGACUCAAGCAUUACAGAACUACUGCCAUGACAUCGAUCUCACUAUCUUAUUAAGCCUCUUCGAAAAUGAGAUUAUGUCGUACGUCCCCGCUGGGGUCUCCUCUCCCAGGGCGUCGCCACAACUAUCGCCACAAGCAUCACCUGGACUUUCAAGAGCCACGAGGGCACCUGCGCCUUACAGGCGGGACUUUGAAGCCAAGUUGAGGAACUUUUAUCGUAAACUGGAGUCGAAGGGUUACGGCCAAGGACCUGGGAAACUCAAGCUGCAUAUACGAAGGGAACACCUGCUUGAAGACGCUUUCAACAAGAUUAUGUCCGCUUCGAAAAAAGACCUCCAGAAGUGCAAGCUGUAUGUUCAGUUCGACCACGAGGAAGGAUUGGACUACGGCGGCCCCUCGAGGGAGUUCUUUUUCCUAUUGUCCCGUGAACUUUUCAAUCCUUACUAUGGCCUAUUUGAAUACUCGGCCAAUGACACAUAUACAGUCCAAGUUUCGCCAAUGUCCGCUUUUGUCGACAACCAGCAUGAAUGGUUCAGGUUUAGUGGACGAGUCCUUGGAUUAGCUUUAGUCCACCAAUAUCUUCUUGAUGCUUUUUUUACAAGACCCUUUUAUAAAGCACUUCUUAGACUACCUGUAUCCCUGAGCGAUCUGGAAUCGUUAGAUCAAGAAUUCCACCAGUCCUUACUCUGGGUUAAAGAGCAUGAUAUAUCAAGCCAAGUUUUAGACCUUACAUUUGCCGUUACCGAAGAAGUUUUUGGUCAAGCUGUUGAAAGAGAGUUAAAGCCUGGUGGAAGGAACAUAUCAGUUACCGAAAAAAAUAAAAAGGAAUAUAUAGAAAAAGUAGUGAGGUGGAGGUUAGAAAGAGGAGUUAGCGAACAGACAGAAUCUCUUGUGAGAGGUUUUUACGAAGUAGUCGAAUCUAGAUUGGUAUCAGUUUUUGACGCGAGAGAAUUAGAACUUGUGAUAGCAGGUACGGCUGAAAUUGAUCUCACUGACUGGAGGCUCAAUACAGAGUACAGAUCAGGCUACCACGAUUCUCAUCCUGUUAUUACCUGGUUUUGGACUGCGAUGGAGAGAUUUACCAAUGAGCAAAGGUUGAGGCUUCUUCAGUUUGUCACCGGGACAUCAAGCGUUCCCUACGAAGGCUUUUCGGCUCUCAGAGGUUCCACAGGGCCGAGAAAGUUCUGUGUUGAAAAAUGGGGUAAACCAAACAGCUUACCAAGAGCUCACACUUGCUUCAACAGAUUGGAUCUUCCUCCAUAUCCCACGCCGGAAAUACUCUACGAAAAAUUGCUUCUUGCUGUGGAGGAAACAAAUACAUUCGGAAUAGAAUAAUUUUCAACGUACCUUGGUUGUGACUACAGUCACUACUCAGGAAGAGAAACCCUCUCGCCUGAGACGGACGACUAUGCCUUAAUUACCAGGUCCCUCCUUUGAAAUUAAAAUGAUUUUUUUUCCCAAAAUCUAA